AUGUCGGCGCCGGCGCCGGCGCACAGUCCCCGCCGCGAGCAGACGUACGUCAUCUACACCGGCGCGCCCGCCUUCUCCGACUACGGGCACACCUGCUGCGAAUGCGGCAAGACGUACGCCACGUCGUCCAACCUGUCGCGGCACAAGCAGACGCACCGCAGCAUCGACUCGCAGGGCGCCAAGAAGUGCCCCACCUGCGGCAAGGCGUACGUCAGCAUGCCGGCGCUGGCGAUGCACGUGUUGACGCACCAGCUGUCGCACAAGUGCCAUGUCUGCGGCAAGACGUUCUCCCGGCCGUGGCUGCUGCAGGGCCACCUGCGCUCGCACACGGGCGAGAAGCCGUACGGCUGCGCGCACUGCGGCAAGUCCUUCGCCGACCGCUCCAACCUCAGGGCUCACGUCCAAACACACUCGUCCAUGAAGACCUUCGUCUGUCGUCAUUGCAAUAAGUCGUUCGCGCUUAAGUCCUACCUAAACAAGCACUGCGAGUCCUCGUGCACUCGCCGGUAAGCGGUCGCCUGCCGGGCCACCAGGCUCGAACUGCGCUGACGGUGGCGUUAUCGCAUCCGCACCUUUGCUCCAUCAACGACUCCGCGGGGAGCGAGAGAGUCGCGCGGCAAACAACACUCCUGCGAGAGCCAUCGCUCCGAACUGCCGGCGGACCCGAGGGAGGGGACAUCACAGCGUCAGUUCUUGGAUGCCCGGCUCUUGACCACUCUCGGAACCCCGUGCGCGUGGAGCCAAUACUCAAGCCGAGUCCAGGCACCAAAGCAUCAAGUACUUAGUCUCCUAGGCUAGUGCUGAAGAUGUAGGUUUGCCUUAGCACUGUCCGCGCUUUACUCUGGUCUCAAGUGAGUCGGAGCUUGCUUUUCUAGAUUCAAAGUAUUUUUCAUAUCUGCAACAUUUUUAGAGUGUUCAAAUAGCAAGUAAGCAAUGCCCAGCUAUAUCUUUGUCCGCGUGUUUCCUUUGGGAAAUCUCAUCAGCUGACAGAACGUUAUCGAAGUCUAGUCACUACGAACGCGCAAUACUUAGCGCAAGCAUUGCACGUCCGCGAGGCCCGCUAGAAGGUUCGGACCCGUUAGUUCCUGGUCGAGGCAAAACGGAUGCUAUAAUAGUCAGCAAUAAUCAAUGUGGAAUCAACAGUGCGACUAGCUCAAUUGAUGUAUAGAUAUAGGUAUUUUUAUAUGGCAAGUUUUGUUCGGUGUAUUUUGAUGCUUUAUCAAUACUCGAAAUUGAUGUAAUAUGUGUCCUUAUGAGUACCAUAAGUUGUUAUAGGCGGUUCAUGUCAUGCAUGCUACAUGCUACAUGUGGUUUUCUAGAAACGAUUGUCGUAAAAUUGGUCGAUUAAGAGCGGAACUGUGUUCUUUCUUUUGAAUUUCAGCGUCGUUCCACAUGAACUUGACGACAUUCUAGGCACGUUGUUCAAACUAUCUAGAUUAUGUGAUAGCUACCGAAGGCUUCUGAGCUCUGCUUAGCACCAGCGACAACAUUUGCAUGGGUUAAAGGGGCUUCAGCUAAAACAAGGAAUCAUUGUUCGCUGUCACUAAAAUUUCAAAGUAGAGCAAUACAUCAUGUUGAAUCAACCACAGAUGCACGGGUGGUGCUCUCAAUGAUACGCCAUUAUGAAUGGGAAUGGCCCUUUUAUUUAUUAA